AUGGACCAGACCGUGAUCGUCCCGUCGAAUCCUCGGGUCGCAACCGAGACCGCGAGGCUAGCCAUGAAGAACGAGUCCGACGCGAGUAUGCACCUGCACGAUCAGUCCACUCUUGCUCAUACGAACUCCGUGGUACCACGAGGCAGCCUGUCCAUCACAGCUGGUCUGACCCAGGACCAGAGCCUGGACCCGUUGAUGUGCAAUCCAACCAGUACGGAGCUACCAAGGAAACCUGGUGCCCGUCGUCAAGAGAAACCGCCCUACUCCUACAUAGCGUUGAUCGUAAUGGCGAUCCAGUCGAGUCCAGGGAAGAGGCUGACCCUCUCAGAAAUAUAUUCCUUCCUCCAACAACGGUUCCCGUUCUUCAGGGGAGCUUACCAAGGCUGGAAGAACUCAGUGCGUCAUAAUCUGAGUCUCAACGAGUGCUUCAUCAAGCUGCCCAAAGGAUUAGGUAGACCAGGAAAGGGACACUACUGGACGAUCGAUCCCUCCACGGAGUACAUGUUCGAGGAAGGUGGGUUCCGUCGACGACCCCGUGGUUUCCGUCGCAAGUGCCAAGCCCUGAAGCCUCAGUAUCCCCAGUACUUCGCUGGAACUGGCCCAGUAAGUGUUCAGCCACCUGGAUACGAGAAUCUGACAGCUGGAGCAAUCGAGUACCCUAAUGGCUAUCAGAAUCAGUAUCAGAACUAUCAGGAAUACGCGAUGUACGCUCCUGGUGCUGCAGUGUCGGCGGACUGGGCCUAUCCAGAGGCGACCUACAAGACUCCACCCAUCGCAGAGGUGACUUAUAAGACCACCGAGGUCACCUAUAAAACUGGCGAACCGUCGGUCUAUCGAAAUGGCGAGAUCGUGGCGUUCAAAAGCGAGCCUGGUUACCCUAGAAGUCAGGAUCCACUGGCGUACAGGCCCACAGAAGGAUUCUCCGUGAAGGAUCAUCAACAGCAUCAUCCGGAAACGGUUUACAAGGAAAACGAGACCAUGAUGACUUACAAGUGCCAAUCGAAUAAUACGCCAAGCACUGCUCAGACUCCUGGGCAGGACUAUUACGUGGGGUACGGACUGAACAACACUGGUAACAAUGUGAAUGUCGCUAUGCAGGGGAUCAACGAGACGGGGAACAGCAGCCCCGUGGGGGGCAACGUCAGUUCGCCUCAUAGCGGUUGUCAGACACCUGUCACGGAUAAUGGGAUAAAGAUGCAAUGCUCGAACACGAAUUCAACCAGCUCCGGUGGCGGACUGAUCGACCGGAAGCCUUCGUACUUCGGCCAUCCAGCUGCUGGAUCGGUCACCCUGAGCUCGUUGGGCUCCCUGGGCUCGUUGAACCUGAGCAACAUCGGCGGUCUGAGCAUAUCGAACAUACCAGGCGGAGUUCCGUCGAAUAUACACCACGGGACGACGACGCCGUCGUCGACGAUGUACUACGAUCAGAUCAAGUACAGCAUGUGA